GCUGUAGUCGACUGCGCAGAUGCAGACGAGAUUCAGACUGAGGAAACUUCAGUGUGGCAUGAGCUGACGCAGACAGAGGAAUAACAGCAACGAGCGCUUAUAAUGCCUCUUAAGAGCGGGGACGGGUGACUGAAACACUGCGCGUGCACUGGACAUGAGCCUGAUCCGCGUUCACACACAGCAGGAAGUGUGCUUGAGUGUUUCGGACCGGCUCACGUUUAACUUCGCCUCCGGACUCCGAGUGCUCGAGUGACGGAUCCGCUAUGUUGAGUUUGCGCGGUCUCCUGUUGGCCGCGGUGUGUGUCUCUGCCGUCGCGCGGGAGACGCUCGAGGAGUCGAUGGAUGAAGGACGAGGAGAUGAUAACGACAGCAGGACUCACUCACCCGACUCAUUCUCCAACUCAUCCUUGUUGACCAUCAGCUCACGAGAUCCCGAGGCGGCUCAGACCUCGGCUCCGAGAGUUACGCGCGGGGAACCCGACGGCUUCGGCAGAGCGGCGGCGGACGGGGACGAGCGAACGAGCGACUCAACGGACUCUCUCCCGUGUUCUCCGAGGGCCGACACACUCCAGACUCCUCCGGACUCGCUGACCGGCGUUCCCAGCGGAGACUCGUCUGGCCCGAAACUGCUGGACGCGGCCGAUACGUGGACGGAACCGGUCCAUCUGCGGACAGAAGCAGUGAGCGUGCUGGAGCUGGGCACCGAGGCCACCAUGCCAUCCGAAGACCUGCCACUGAUCUUCGAGGACGUCGCAUCGCCAUCCGUAGUGUCCGUCACCGUGGCGCCGGCUGCCGUGACGACGGGAGACACUGAGCGGAUGGUGUCCAUGGAUACGGUGCACACUUCCUCUGAUGUCCUUCUCUCAGGAACGCUGGACUGGCAGACGUCUGGAGCGAGAGCCUCCGUCACAGAACCUGAUCCGUCACUGGAGCGAAAGGAGCCUGAUGAAGACGAAGAGGAGGAGUCUGAGGAGGAGAGUGAGGAGGACCUGAUGGAGAGCACCCUGGCUCCACACACGCGGCCGCCCUACAGCCUGAUCCCCCCUCCCCCCGUCUGGGUGCAGCGGAACCAGGGCCUCGUGCGGAGCUGGGUGGAGCUGAUCCGAGAGAAGGCUGGUUACGUGUCGGGGAUGUUGGCGCCGGUUGGCAUCGGGAUAGCUGGUGCUCUUCUGCUGGUCGGUGCUCUUUACAGCAUCAGACUGAUCCACCGCAAGAGGAGAGACAGCUUCAAACACCAGAGGAGGAAGCCGCCCAGAGAAGUGCGUAGCGGCCCGGACAACGCCAUGCUACUGGCCGACAGCUCCGAGGACGAGUUCUGACCCGCCCGAGGCAUCUGUGCUUCAG